CUUCUCUAGGAAGCUAUAAAUAACUAGCUAAUCCUUAUCCAUCAACCAUCAAAAAAUUAAAGCAAGUUAACACAAGAACAAACACAGAAAAUUCUCAAUAGCUCACUGAAAAUGUCACUGAUCCCAAGAAUCUUCGGUGAUCGACGAAGCAGCAGCGUGUUCGAUCCAUUCUCAAUUGACGUAUUUGAUCCAUUCAAGGAAUUAGGCUUUCCAGUUUCUAAUUCAGGGGAGACCUCUGCAUUUGCUAACACUCGAAUCGAUUGGAAGGAAACUCCAGAAGCUCAUGUGUUCAAGGCCGAUCUUCCAGGGCUUAAGAAGGAGGAAGUGAAAGUGGAGAUCGAAGAGGAUCGUGUUCUUCAGAUCAGCGGAGAGAGGAACGUGGAGAAGGAAGACAAGAACGAUACUUGGCAUCGGGUGGAGCGAAGCAGCGGGAAAUUCAUGAGAAGAUUCAGACUUCCGGAGAAUGCAAAGAUGGAUCAAGUUAAGGCUUCUAUGGAGAACGGAGUGCUCACUGUUACUGUUCCAAAGGAAGAAGUGAAGAAGCCUGAUGUCAAGUCCAUUGAGAUCUCUGGUUGAAAUAUGUGAAUAUAUUACUACAGUAUCCUAUGAUGUAUGGGCAAAUAAAAAAUAAUUUGAAUCCGUAGUGUUUGAAGUAGCUCUGUUUCUGUAUCAAAUGGCGUGGUUGAUGUACUUCCUGUAAAAUUUCAUGUUAAAAAUGUAAUAGUAGUGUUGUAAUAAGUACUAUCUUUUUUGUUGUUCAAAA